CCGCCAGCUGUGAUACGCCCGGUGUUUCAGAUCAGUCGCUGAUUGUACUCUGCGGCUGUCGCUGGCUUCGCUGGCUUCGCUGGCUUCGCUGGCGGGCGGACCAUCGGCCAGGCCAUCCCACGGACGGGGAGGACGCGCCAGACACUGUGUAUACGACAUCGAACAGCUCGAGCACCUGAUCGCCGGGAGAACAACACACGGAACCUCCGGGAAACAACAGCAACUCGAACGCGGCUGGAAGGUGUCCAGGAGCACCCUCGGCAACUUCAGUCACCCCCGCACCCGGUGCAUCGGUGCCUGCGUCGUCUGGAAAACUUUGAAACUUCGUAGUGCGCGGACCGGAUUGAGGCCAGAAUAUCAGUUCAAGUCAGCGAGAGGUAUUGGAACCUAAGUGCGAGAAAUUCCGAAGAAAUCGCCAUCGCGGGGUGACACUCGGACAACGCCGAGCAGCGCGUUGGUGCGCAGUCUCAAUGAGACUCUCAAGCACCGCGACGCCCUCCACGGCCAGGAUGCCGGCCUUCCUGGCCCUGCUCUGGGCCUGCCUGCUGCUCCCCACGGCCUCCGCGGCGCGCACGCGCACGCACACGCGGGCCGUCGGCGGCACGGCGGACAACAGCCUCCCCGACGACCCCCUGCUGCCCAACAAGAGGGGCUUCGGGCCCGAGGUGACGGUGGCGCAGGGCCGGCUGCUGGGCCGCACGCUGUUCUCCACCAAGGGGACGGCCUUCGACGCCUUCUCCGGCAUCCCGUACGCCGCGCCGCCCGUCGGGGAGCUGCGGUUCAAGGGUCCGCGCCCACCCUCGCCCUGGCCGGGGGUCCGCGACGCGCGCAAGGAGGGUCGCAUCUGCACGCAGCCGUUCUUCAACCUGACGCGCGUCUUGUUUACGCGCCUGCCCAAGUCCAUGGCGCUGCUGCGCGGCGAGGAGCUGCCCGGCUUCGUGCGCAUCCAGCCCUGGCUGCUGCAGGCCCUGGCCAACAUCCUCACGUCCGGCGAGGACUGCCUGUACCUCAACGUGUACACCCCCAGGGAGGCCGCCAGGUCCAGUCGGGCCGCGGGGACGGCGGGGCUGCCGGUGCUCCUGUGGGUCUACGGCGGCGGCUUCGUGUGGGGCGAGGGCGGCCUCGCGUUCUACGACCCGGACGCCUUCAUGGACCAGGGCAUGGUGGUCGUCACCUUCAACUACCGCCUCGGCCCUCUCGGCUUCAUGGACCUGGGCCGCGGCUCGGGGAUGUCCGGCAACGCGGGCAUCAAGGACCAGGCGGCAGCGCUGCAGUGGGUGCGCGACAACAUCGCCCAGUUCGGCGGCGACCCCAACAAGAUCACGGUGUACGGCGAGAGCGCCGGGGCCGUCGGCGCGCACCUCCACCUCAUGAACCCGCGCAGUGCCAGCAUGAUCCGGGGUGCCAUCAUCACCAGCGGCAGCGCCGUGCACUGGUGGAGCUCCGUGCCGGCCGCCACCGCGGCGCGGCGCGCGCGCAACCUGGCGCGGUGGACGCCCUGCCGGGCCGAGGCGGACGGCGACGCGCGCGCCCUGGUGCAGUGCCUCAGGAAGGUGCCCGCCCGCCAGCUCGCGCUCCUGCAGGAGAAGGGCGUCGGCGAGGAGGAGUGGCGCUACCUCCCGGGGCGCGUGGCGUUCGUGCCGUCGGUGGAGGAGGCCGACGAGGAGGCCGACGAGUGGGACGCGCCGUACCUCACGGAGAGCCCGCGCGACCUGAUGGUGGCUGGCAAGACCGCCAACGUGCCCAUCAUGCUCGGCUUCAACAGCGGCGAGUCUCUCAUCAUGUUCACCGGCCUGACACGCGAGCCCAGCGAGGAGACGCUGCAAAUGGUGGAACGCAACGUGACGGGCCUGCUGCCCGACGAGGUCUUCCAGCGCCUCAACCUGACGGAGGCCGAGGACCUGAGCCGCCAGAUCAAGCGCUUCUACCUCGGCGACGGGGACCCCGUCUCCCUGGCCGUGCGGCCCAAGUUCUUCGAGAUGGUCACCAGCAUCUUCAUGUACCUGGACACGCUCAUGCUGAGCCGGUACAUGACGGCCUCGCCGUCGGCCGCCCCCGUCUACCUGUACCGCUUCACGUACGUGGGCGCGCUCAACAUGUUCAAGAACCUCCUGCGCAUCAUGUCCAACGAGGCCUGCCACGGUGACGAGCUCCCCUACGUGUGGCGGAUGAGGGUGGCCCCCGCCAGCCGGCCGUUGGGUCCCUCAGCCACCGAGUACCGCGUGCGGGACACCUUCUCCUCGAUGAUCGCCAACUUCAUCAAGACCGGGUCGCCCACACCGGCGGCGUCCGGUCUGAACGUGACGUGGCCGCCGUUCACCGCCAUGGAGCAGUCCUUCCUGGAGAUGGGCGAGCGGCCCGUGGUGCGCCAGGACUUCCGGCCCGAAACGGUGAGCCUGUGGGACGGCAUCUACGGGCGGCUGCUGGGCGGCCCCAUCUGGAGCAAGAUGGCCGACAUCGAGGCGCGCCGAAGACGGCGUCGAGAGGCCGGCCUCGUCGACGAGAAGCGUAGAAGUCGCGAACGACGAGAGAAGGUGAUCUCGGGUGGCCGUUAGCACGCCCCGAACCGGGGGUGCAGUGCGGCGAAGGCCUCGAUGUCGAUGAACUCGGGGUCCUGCGGCCUGGCGUCGUCGCCGACCUCCAGCACGUCGUCCAGCUGCACAACCGUCCCUGGCGGCGUCCCUCCGCGCUUGCGGACUCCUUCAACUUCGUCGUCCGGGACAGCGCGGACGCUCAGCGUCCGAGCGGCUACGGCGGCGGGGACCGGCGGUGCCUGCGUCACGUGGAGCAGCAGGGCCUUCUGCACGCCGACGU